GCCGGGCUAUUGCUACAUUCAUGUUCCAUCUGCCCGUGGUCCCAUUUACCAAUGAACCAGCGGAGAUUAGCCCAGCCCUCACUGCUGAGAAAUGAUUUCAGCUGAACUGGGCAGCGGUGAUGCCUUCACUCACAACAGGAAACCCUCCUGCACAACAGGAAGCCUUCACUAUCAUGCCCACACAACUGUGCGCAUUUCAAAACAUCUCAUGUUUACUCUCUUGCAGAAUCCUGGGCUGCUGGACGGAGGUGCCAGCUCUGACUUCUGUUCCAUUGGCUGGACACGGGGACGGCUCCUAUCCUGUCUUUGUGCUUUCUCUAGCUCUGGGCUUUGCUCUUCCUCAGGGCUUGCCGAAUCCUCAGAAGAUGCCUGCUCCAGGGCUAAGCCGUUCAGUAGAUCCCUCUCUCCCUCCUCUCCUAACUGACAUCCCCGAGGCCAGGGUUAGCCUGCUGUACAGCGUGGACUUGUGUCUGCAGCUGGCAGCCAGGCAGAACAUCAACCUCAUCCUGCAGCACUACGAUUACAUGGGGAAGCUGGGGAGACGGCGGCCCCAGGAGGACAAGAUGGGCCUCCUCAAGGUGGCCUUCAUCGCCAUUAGCUGCCUCAUUGUGGUGGAGAACCUGCUGGUGCUGAUAGCCAUCGUGAGGAGCCUGCGUGCCCGCCGGUGGGUCUACUCCUGCAUCGCCAAUAUCACGGUGAGCGACCUGCUGGCCGGGGUGGCCUAUAUCUGCAACAUCUGCCUGUCAGGCAGCCGGACCUUCCAGCUGACACCUGAGCUGUGGUUCCUCCGGGAGGGUGUCCUCUUCAUCGCCCUGGCCGCCUCCACCUUCAGCCUGCUGGUGACGGCCAUCGAGCGCUACAGCACCAUGGUGAGGUCCAUUGCCGAGAACGAGGCCAGCAAGACCUUACGCCUGCGCAGUCUCAUCGUCUCCUGCUGGGCCUUGGCCAUCCUCAUUGGGAUGCUGCCUCUGCUGGGCUGGAACUGCCUGUGUGACUUCCCCAGCUGCUCCACCCUCCUGCCCCUCUACUCCAAGAACUACGUCCUCUUCUGCGUGGCCAUGUUCAGUAUGAUCCUGCUGGGCAUCAUCGGCCUCUACGCCUCUAUCUACCGCCUGGUCCGGGCCAGCUCCCAGCAGGCCGUCACCCGCCACAGCCGCAAUAGGUCCCUGCGGCUGCUCAAGACCGUCCUGAUGAUACUGGGGGCCUUCAUUCUCUGCUGGAGCCCGCUCUUCGGCUUGCUGCUUCUCGACGUCUUCUGCAGGUCGCAGACCUGCAAGCCCCUGCAGGGCAUGGACUGGGCCCUGGCCCUGGCAUUGCUCCACUCAGCCAUCAACCCCCUCAUCUACUCCUUCCGCAGCCUGGAGGUGCGCCGGGCCGUGCUGUGCUUCAUCUGCUGCUGCUGCAUCCGCCUCGGGCUCCAUGGGCCCGGGGACUGCUUGCUCAUGGCCGAUAUCAACUCGGGAUCCUCGACCGAGAGCUCCCUGCGGACUCGCGAGAGCCUCCGCCGGACUCGCGACAGCUUCCGCCGCUCCAUGGUGCUCAAUGCCCAGGCCCGGCCUAGGGAGCCUCUCUCUAGCAACUCCAGCAUGAUGAGCAACCUUGCCAGUAACUGAGGGGAUGGCGGCCGGCUCCAGGAGGGGGCCUGCCCAUGGGGACUUGCCCUCGUGCCCGGGAUUGGGUGUCAGGAGUAAGGUCUGGCAUCUGCUUCCGCUCGGGCUCCUGAUAGCCUCAUGGGAACAGGUGGGCUGGGUCAGCUAGCCCGCCUGAUGGACCGCCCCACCUGAUUGGCUGAAGAAGCUAGCAGGCUUGCUCUU